AAAACUUACAAGAAAGCACAAACAAAAAUGUUUGAUGGAGUGCCGGAUCAAUUCAUAGGCGCCGUCGCCGCCUCAUCGGCACCGCCAGCAACCGCAAGAACCACCACCACUCUCCUCCUCCCCCUCUCUUUCACUUCUUUUGACCCUUUGUUCAUCACGUCUUCUUCGAACUCCCAUCAUCAUCAGCAGCAGCUGCCACCCCAGUUCUUGCAGACAUUGCACCAGCAGAAGAAUAAUGAAGAGAACACCAGCUUGGUAGCUAUGAACAUGGAGAUUAAUGAAAGAUAUCAGAGAUCCAUGGCUGAACCCAUUGAUAAUCUUCAUCAUCAACCUUGGUCUAAUGAUGAAGUUCUUGCACUGUUGAGGGUCAGAUCUAGCAUGGAAACUUGGUUCCCACAAUUCACUUGGGAACAUGUUUCAAGGAAGUUGGCAGAGCUUGGGUUCAAAAGGAGUGCAGAGAAAUGCAAAGAGAAAUUUGAAGAAGAAAGCAGAUAUUUCAGCACCAACAAUUGCAGCAAAAACUACAGGAUUUUUAGUGAACUUGAAGAACUUUGUCAAGCUGAGAAUCCUCCUUCUCAUCAGAACCACCACCAGCAGCAGCAGCGGGAGGAGGAGGCUGUUGUUGCAGAUGAAAGCAACAAAAAUGUGGAAAAUCCAAGGGAAGAAGACGACAAUAUAGGUCAGAAUUUGGAAGAUGUUUCAAGAACUAUUGAUGAAUUAUACCGAACUUCACCAGCAAACAACAAUGCUGCAAUAUCAUCAGAUCAGGAUAACCAAAACGUGGUCGAGAACAAAGGAAAUGAUGAUAACAAAGCCAACAGCAAGAACAACAAGAAGAGGAAAAGAGUGAAGAAACUUGAGAUGUUCAAAGGUUUUUGUGAGGAUAUAGUGAACAAGUUGAUGAUCCAACAGGAGGAGAUGCAUAAUAAGCUGAUUGAAGAUAUGGUGAAGAGAGAGGAAGAAAAUGUUGCAAGAGAAGAAUCUUGGAAGAAGCAAGAGCUUGAUAGGAUUAACAUGGAGCUUGAUCUUAGAGCCAAAGAACAAGUUGUUGCUGGUGAUAGACAGGCCACCAUGAUCAAAUUCUUGAACAGAUUCUCACGAAAUGGAUCCUCUAAAAAGCAAUGUCUUGGAAUAAGGGUUAAUGUAUGUUGCAAUCCUCCUCUAGCUGCUUCUUCUUCUUUAGUUCCAGUUACAGAAAACCCUAAUCCUAUUAUCAUUGAACUAAACAAAGUUGAUCAAGUUUCUACCAUUACUUCAUCUUCCAUAAACCAAUCCCUUCAAAACCCUAAUCCAAAAACACCCACUUCAUCAUUACCUCCCCAAAACCCUAACCCAACAUUAACAGUAAACAAAGCUCCUCAAAACCCUACGUCCAGUGACAAAGAAGACCUCGGAAAGAGAUGGCCGAGAGACGAAGUGUCGGCAUUGAUAAACCUGAGAUGCAGUUUCUAUAAAAAUGGCGACCACGACAAGGAAGGAGGAGCCAUGAAAGCACCCCUAUGGGAAAGAAUCUCACAAGGGAUGUUGGAUUUGGGUUACAAGAGAAGUGCAAAGAGGUGCAAGGAGAAGUGGGAGAACAUAAAUAAGUACUUCAGAAAAACCAAAGAUAUCAACAAGAAGAGGUCCAUUGACUCUAGGACAUGCCCUUAUUUUCACCAAUUAAGCACUUUGUACAGCCAAGGAACACUCACGGCACCGUCGGAAGGACCGGAAAACCACCCGAAGUCGUCGGAAACAGUCCGUACUGAUCCAUCUCAAAUGGAAGCCGACGAGUCGACCGUGCAAGUUUCUAAAGGUGACGAGACGAACAACAUAAUUCAAGUACCAGGUUUUGAAUUCGAAUUUUGAAUCUCAUUAUAUUUUUUGGGUGCAUGUUAAAUUAAUUUGUAGUAUUACAAUAUCUAAUAACAAUAUUAUUAAAACUACAA